UGACGUCGUUGGGCACCAGUCCAAGCAUAUCAUACUGACUGCAGAGCCCAUUCACGGCAGCAGCUCACCCUCGCUCAGGACGCUGAGAAGCGUUGCUCCAUUAGCGCCUUGAGGCCAGAGCAGCCUUCUUCGGCGUUUCAGCUUUGCCCUCGGUACCUCGGUCACCUCCGCUUCCGCCCCGCCGCCCGUCAAUUGAAACUCAAGUAGACAAAGAUUGCGCAUCUCUUGGCCGCAUAGCGCUGUCUUGGCUAGUAGUACCCACACCGGAUCAGGUAGCCAGCAUCGCUCUGCCUGACUGACAGCCGGUCGGGUUCCGCGUAGAGCGGUAGCAGCCCUCAAAAGCUCAUCUAGCGAAAAUCUGCCAAGACCGUUCCGAGCCACUCCGACAGACUCGCAGAGAUGGUCAACAUCACUUAUGGCGUCAUCUCCACUCCACCACAGGUCACUACGGCCGACCAGGCGACCUUCCUGACCUCCAACGGAACGGACCUCAUCACCACACAGGCCGAUGGUACGAUCGCCGCCUUUUCGCCAGGUGACAUCGCCUGGGUCCUCACUUGCACUGCACUCGUCUGGAUCAUGAUUCCUGGACUCGGCUACCUCUAUUCGGGCCUUGUCAGGCGGAAGAACGCGCUUUCGAUGCUUCUCGUCACUUUGCUCUGUACAGCCACGAUGGCCUUUCAGUGGUUCUUCUGGGGCUAUUCGCUUGCAUUCUCAACCUCGAGCGGCCCAGUGUUUGGCAGCUUGCAUUUCUUUGGUCUCCAAAAUGUCCUCGAACAGCCUGUUGCCCAGGCGAAUAACAAGAUUCCUCAGAUCACAUAUUGCCUUUACCAACUACAGUUUGCGGCACUCGUGCCUGCGAUUGCAAUUGGCGCAGCUGCCGAAAGAGGCAGAAUCGCGCCUGUGGCUCUCUUCGUCUUCUGCUGGUCGACCGUCGUCUAUUGCCCAAUCGCGCGUCAGAUCUGGUCGCCCAUGGGCUGGGCCUACAAAGCUGGCGUGCUAGAUUACGCUGGCGGUGGUCCUGUCGAAAUCUGCUCAGGCACGACCGGCCUGGUCUACUCGCUCUUCCUAGGCCAACGCAGAGGCUUUGGCACGCCAAGACUUGCCUUCCGUCCCCAUUCGACUUCUCAUGUCGUGCUCGGCACGGUCUUCCUUUGGGUCGGCUGGCUCGGUUUCAACGGUGGCUCGACCUUUGCUGCCAACCUCAAGGCAUCUCUCGCCAUUUUCAACACCAACCUGGCAGGUGCGGGCGGCGGUCUGAUCUGGAUGCUCAUGGACUACCGUCUCGAGAAGAAGCUCAGCGUCAUCGGAUUCUGCACGGGUGCUAUUUCGGGCCUGGUCGCCAUCACCCCAGCUGCAGGCUUCGUUGGUGCGCCCGCUUCGCUACUCAUCGGCGUGAUCGCGGCCGCUAUCUCCAACAUGCUUACGAGCUUGAAGGCCAAAUUCAAGUUCGACGAUGCUCUCGAUAUCUUCGCGGUCCACGCAGUCGCUGGAGCCGUUGGUCUCUUCCUGACCGGUCUGUUCGCUCAAGCCAGCGUCGCCGCCAACGAUGGCUACUUGCAAAUCGAAGGCGGUUGGCUCGAUCAGAAUUACAAGCAGCUCUACAAGCAGAUCUACUGGAUCUUUGUCGCCUUUGGCUGGACCGCUAUUGGUACCUUCCUCGUCAUGUUUGUCAUCAAUCUCAUCCCGGGUAUGCACUUCCGCGCAUCGGAAGACGCAGAGAUCAUCGGCAUGGACGAGGAUCAGUGCAACGAAUUCUGCUAUGACUUUGCUUACGUCAACCGAGACCUCGAGGGCAAUUACAAUCCAGAGGGUGACAGCGACGAUUCAAGUGGCACCCAGAUCGACGGUGAAGGCGAGAAAACAGCUGCAGGCGGUGCCGCUCCCGGCACGGGCGCAGCACGAUCAGGCGGCGAAGCUGAGGAAAGCAAUGUCUCACAGAGUGCCAUGACAGGACCGGGCCACGAGCAUGAUGCUCAGAAGCAAGCAUGGGACAAGGAACGCAAUAUUGUCUAAAUCAUUCAAUUUCGAUGGAAUCUCCGCAUCUCAUUCGGCGUAUAGACGAACUUGAACAGUGCUCUGUAUAUGU